AUGCUGAGAAAACACCCAUCACACCUUGCGGAGGAGGAAUGGCGAAGAAGUCUGGCUGAACUGCCCGGCGUCGAAGUUGCCGAGCAGAAUUGGGUCGAAAUCAUUGCCGAAUGGCUCCGCCAACACGGUGUAGUCAGGGCGAUCAUUGCAUUGCACAACCAGCCAAAUCAAUUCGCCGAAGAAUCAACUUUCCAACUCACUGCUCUCCACGCCGGCGCUGACUCCGCGGUAGAGCUUGUCAAGAACUACCGUAAGACGGGGCGUAAGACGGGGGAGCUGGAUACAUUGAGGUUGACCGCAUCAAAGGACGCGCCCAUCGGUGUCGUUGAUGCCGAUGAUGUCGGGACGCUGGCAGCUCAGCUAUUGGCCGAGAAGAAAGUCUCGAGACACAACGAAGCCAAGUAUGUCGUGAACGGACCGGAGGACAUCACGGGUCAACAGAUCGUCAAGAUGGUCGAGGACCACAUUGGCACCCAAGUCAAGGAUGUUUGGUACAAGGACAUUUCUUUUGUAGAUCGGAUGGCUGCCCACAAGCUCCGAGUCACGCAACAUCAUCUUAUCUAUCAAACAGGCCCCGGACACAGCAUGGGCUGGAGAGUGCACAGCUUCUACGACCAGCAAAGAAGUCUUUGA